UUGAUUGUUGCACAGAAAAGACCGGUACGGUACUGCAAUUUCGGUCAUGUUUUUUCUUCAUAAUUUUCCUCUCUAAUUAAUGAGACAACUUGCUUUUAUUCUAAAAAACAUUUUCGUAAAGAAAAGUGGAUAAUUGUUCAUUAAGAGGGACUAUCAACGUAAACUAUAAAGUGGUUCUGUUCGAAUUAAAAAAAAAAAUGCAAAAAGCGUUACAAAGUGAAAGUUGACGAAGAAAAAUUAUUUUGAAAUCAAAGAGAAAUUUUGGAAGUUGGUCCUGUGCAAGAUAGAUUGAAAAUAUAGACAAGAAAUAGACGUUAGUGUCUCGAUUGCAGUGGUUUAUCACAUUUUAAAACUUUUGUUCAUAUUUUCGAACCGACUGAACAAAAGUUAGACAAAAAAUAUAAAUAAAUGAAAUAUCUACGAACCACAAAUCAAAUAGUGUGAAAGUUGUAUUGUUGGAAAGAAGUGAAAAAAAAAAAAAAAAAAACAAAACAAAAUUAAUUCCCUGCAGGAGUUAAAAUUAAAGUGGUUGGUGUGACAUAAAUGUGAUUCGAUCCAAACGAAUAUAAUAAACGAUUUCAUGUUGAAACAGCAGUUUAUUGUGCAAUGCCGUUGAGGAUUACCUACUAUGGAUUUAUGUGUUUUCAAUCAGAUUUUUAGCAGAACAUUCGGUAUUUGGUACGCGGUUAGGCACUGACAUACCUAAAGAGGCAAGCGUGGCGGGGGAGCAAGAAAGUCUCAUAGGCUCCUUGGGCCUGUGCCAUGCAUGCUGUUGCAGAUCGUGGGGGAGGAGGCGGCGGUGGGUCGUGGCGUCUGCCACCAGACGAAACUUUACAAGUAGCAGAUCCGAAAGACAAAAACGAAGAAGAUCUCGAAUACGACGAUACACACAACUGGAAAAGCAUUGUUCUAUCGUUACUCGUAAUCAGUUUUGUAAUAGCAGGCAUCGUAACAGCGAUAUACCUUUUAGGAUAUGUGGACGAGUUACUUUAUUGGUCGGGUCGUCGAAUGUUAUUAGAUGAAUAUUUGCAAGGUGAUUUGACGCCGAAUCGCUUACCACCAACUUGGGUAUCGCGUACGAAAUUUGUUUUCCAAUCAGAUGAUGGUGGUUUAGCUGUACUGGACACUGCCAACGAUUCAGUUAAUAUAUUGGUUACUAAUCAUACAUUGAGACAACUUAACGUAAAGGGCUAUCAAUGUACUGCGGAUUUGGGAUACGUUUUAUUUAAACAUAACGUGAAACAGGUAUUCCGGAAAUCAUUCACCGCCUAUUAUACCAUUUACGAUGUGACCAACGAUCAUCAUAUGCCUGUGCAGUUAAAGGAUUCACCGAAAACUCAAAGAACAAGACUUCAAUACGCCUCCUGGUUAGGCAAUACAACAUCAUUGAUUAUCGUUGUCGACAAUGAUAUGUACGUUAAGCAAUCACCAUCUGACGAAGAAGAUAUUCGCAUCACAUAUUCUGGACUACCUGAUCUCGUUUACAACGGUGUACCUGACUGGCUGUAUCAAGAGGAAAUAUAUUCAACGCCUGAAGCCAUAUGGAGUUCACAGGAUGGCUCACACAUUAUGUAUGCAUCAUUUAAUGAUACCAACGUUGGUAUGAUGACAUAUCCAUGGUUCGAAUCAGGUGCUGUAAUCGCUGCCGGCGGUGUCGGCAGCGGAAGUACAUUUCCGGAAACAAGAAGUGUUCGUUAUCCGACACCAGGCACCGUCAAUCCCGAUUCACGUUUAUGGGUGGUGGAUUUAACGAAUACCAGUGAUAUUCAGCGUUGGCAAGUGACGCCACCGAUUGCCUUGGAUGGACAGGAAUUUUAUGUCACCUCAGUUAGUUGGGUUCAAGGAAAUCACCAAAUAUCCGUUGUAUAUAUGACAAGAUCCCAAAAUCUGAGCAUUAUUUCAUCGUGUUUCUCGCCAAAUUGGACAUGCAUUGAGACACAUUCGGAACGUGCACCUGAGGAUGAAUGGUUAGAUAUUUUACCACAUCCGGUCUUCUCACCGGAUGGCGAUAGUUUUUUAUUGCUGGCUAGCAUACAAGAAACUGGCACCGAACAUUUCACUCAUAUCAAACACGUUACGAUAACACAACAAAGGAUUUCUGUUAUUUCACAUGGUCGAUACGAGCAAGUAGCUGUUACGAAUGGCAGACAUCAGGUUCUCAAAAUACUCGCAUGGGAUACAGUCAACCAUUUGGUGUAUUACAUGGGAACGCAGGACAAGAAGCCCGGUCAAAUACAUCUGUAUAUUGUAAAAGAUCCGGUCAACGAUGACAAUCGCAGAGCCGAACCUUUAUGUGUUACAUGCGAUCUCGGUGACGUAUUGUGGACUAGUCGAUACUAUUACAUAAACUGUUCCCAUUUCGAUGCCUUCGUUAGUCCAUUGUCUUCCAUUGCAACUGAAAUCGGUGUAGAUUAUUAUAUAUUAGAGUGUCUAGGUCCAGGAUUACCACUCUCGGGUGUUCACAAUGCGCAAACUCAUCGUUUGGUUCGAAUACUAUAUGAUACCAGACCGUUUCAAUCCGAAACCCUACAACGGCUAGCACUGCCGACACAGAAGUCAUUCGAGGUCUUACUGCAACAUGGUACAAGGGCAAACGUUCAAUUACUAUUGCCACCUAGUUGGAGGGAAGAGCUUCGUGAUGCAGCUUUUCCAGUUUUAGUGGAAGUAAAUGCAAGACCAGGCUCGUCGUCCGUAUCCGAGAAAUUUCGUGUCGACUGGGGAACGUAUAUGUCUAGCCGAAACGAUGUUAUUUAUAUUCGUCUGGAUGUGAGAGGAGCCAAGGGACAAAGCAAAAAGGCCUUAUAUCGACAUUUAGGUGGUGUCGAGGUUCAAGAUCAAAUAAAUGUCUUGAGACACCUGUUGGACAAAUACAGCUAUUUGGAUGAAACACGCGUCGGAGUAUGGGGUUGGGGUUACGGUGGCUAUGUAACUGCAAUGGUUUUGGGCACACAACAAGAUGUGUUCAAAUGCGGUAUUGCAGUUUCUCCCAUAUCAGACUGGCUGUACUAUAAUUCGGCCUUUACGGAACGCGUUCUAGGCCUUCCUGUAGAGAACUAUAAAGGUUACGUCGAAGCUGAUGCGACACAACAUGCUCGACAUAUACCGUCUUAUUCCUUUUUCCUGAUUCAUGGACUGGCUGAUAUAACGGCGCCUUAUCUACAUGGAACGCAAAUGGCAAGAGCCCUCACCAAGGCUGGGGUAAUAUUUCAAUAUCAGACAUAUGCAGACGAAGGUCAUGAACUGAGCAAUGUCAUCGAACAUGUAUAUAGAUCUAUGGAACAUUAUCUUAAAGAUUGCUUAAGCUUAGAUUCCGAUGAAACGAAGCCUAGUACGACGUGAAUAAAUUAAAAGCAAACCAAACAGCAAAUGCAAAACCAAAUUAAUAAAAUUUAGACUAAAUUUGCGAAAUAUUCGACCAAUUGAAAUUCUAGCGUUCUCCGAUUUCAAAUUACUUUAGCUAUUUUAAAAGCUUGGAUUUUUCUGGGAGUAACGUAGUACUUGCUUUCCCCUUAGACACUUUUGUUGUAGGUGUUGUUGAAAAAAAAUGCAAAUCCAACCGCUGAAAAUCGAUGAUAUUACAAUUAAAAUGUCUUUUACUUAUUUAUGUUACCGACUCAGAACGCCAUUAAAAUUUACUUUUUU